AUGGUGGUGGUGAUGGUGGUGAUGCCGCUGACUCCGCUGGCCACGGCAGCCGUCUCUGCACGACAGGCAGGGCCCGCCGCCGCCGACGGAACCGCGGCCAACGGAACCACGGCCAACGGAACCACGGCCAACGGAACCACGGCCAACGGAACCGCGGCCAACGGAACCACCGCCAACCGAAACGCCGCCAACAGAAUGGCCGCCAACGGAACCACGGCCAACGGAACCACGGCCAAUGGAACCGCCGCCGACGGAACCACGGCCAAUGGAACCACGGCCAACGGAACCGCGGCCAACGGAACCACGGCCAACGGAACCACCGCCAACGGAACCACGGCCAACGGAACCACGGCCAACGGAACCGCGGCCAACGGAACCACGGCCAACGGAACCACCGCCAACGGAACCACCGCCAACGGAACCGCGGCCAACGGAACCACGGCCAACGGAACCGCGGCCAACGGAACCACGGCCAACGGAACCAGCACCAACGGAACCAGCGCCGCCCUCCGUGUCACCGUCACCGGCAUCACCAAGAGCUCCGUGUCGUUGGCGUUCUCCGGCCCCGACACCGGCGGCUACACCUACACCGUGGAACUGGUGCCGGUGCCGGGUUGGCCAGAGCCCGGCACCGGCACCGGCACCGAACCGUCUCCCGUGGUGUCGCUCGCCUCCGCGUGGACCGGCGGCUCGCUCACGGCGAGGUGGCAGCCCGAACCGACGGACCCCAACGCGCGCCACUACCUCUACGAGGCCUGGGCGUGGCGCGGCCCCGGGCUGUCGGGCUCCCCGGCCGGCAUCGACGAGAUUCCCGACGCCGAUGCGAGAUGCCGAUCCUCGUCAACCUCCUCAACCUCCUCGUCCUCCUCGUCCUCCUCCUCGUCGUCGGCUUCCUGCACGAACGCGACGGAGGUGACCUUCGCUGGACUGGAACCCGCAACGGAGUACCGGGGGUCCAUCAGGGCGGUGGUCCAGGGGAAGGCUGGGGACUGCGUCACCUUCGCCGGAGUGACGGCGCCUGCCGCCGUGCGAGGCUUCUCCGUGUCCCUCACGACGCCCGUCACCGACUCAUCCGUCCCUCUCGAGUGGCUGCCGGCGUCGGCCGGGCCGGGCCUGGUGGCCCGCUACCGCAUCACCGUCGCCUCCUCCUCCUCCUCCUCCUCCUCCUUCAACUCCACCUCGUCGCCGCGAGUGCUCCUCGUCGAGGGCACCCGCCACGUGCUCCACAGCCUUCGGCCCGCCACUCACUACAGCCUCCUGCUGGCCGCCUGCAAUGGCCGCGCCGGGGGCGGUGACGCGCGAUGCGGCGCUGACGUGGGGCUUGACGUCACCACCAAGGAGCAAGUGAACCCCGCAGUGAUCGCUGGCGGGGUUCUGGGCGUCACGCUGCCGCUGGCCGUCAUCGGAACCCUCGGAUUCCUCUACCUGAAGCACAAGCACCGGGGCCGCCGAGACAACAAGCCCACAGUCAUCGCGAACCGCGCACUGCCCUUGAAGAAGCAGAGACGGAUCCGCAACCCCGUGCCCGUGAGCGGCUUCAGGCAGCACUUUGAGGCGUUGCACCGUGACUCGGACUGCGGCUUCGCUGAAGAGUUCGAGGAGCUGCAGGGAGUGGGGAAAUCCGAGUCGUUCAAGGUCGCCUCGCUGCCUGCCAACCAGCCCAAGAACAGAUACAGCAACAUCCUGCCCUAUGAUAAAUCGAGGGUUCAUCUUCAGCUCUUGGACCACGAUCCACACUCCGACUACAUCAACGCCAACUACAUCCCGGGCAUGCUGUCUGAGCGCGACUUCAUAGCCGCUCAGGGUCCCAUGAGCUCAUUGCUCAACGACUUUUGGCGCCUCGUGUGGGAACAGCAGGUCCAGAACAUCGUGAUGCUCACCCAGUGUGUGGAGGGAGGCCGUAAUAAGUGCGACCAGUAUUGGCCCUCAGCUGGCGUGCCGUGCCUGCACGGUCACGUGAUGGUGGAGCUACGCGGGGAGGAGCGACUCGCAGACUGGACCGUGCGGACCCUCCUCGUCUCCAACCAGCAGCAGCAGAACACGACGGACCAGGAGGCCGAGUGCGAGCGCUCCGUCCGCCACUUUCACUUCACGGCGUGGCCUGACCACGGCGCGCCGGCCGGCACCGCCUCCAUCGUCGCCUUCGCCCGCCUCGUGCGGGCCAACGCGAGGCUCUCCGCUCGCUCCACUCCCACGCUGGUGCACUGCAGCGCGGGAGUGGGCCGUACGGGCACCUUCAUAGCCCUCGACACGGCCCUGCAGCAGCUGGACUCCAACUCGGACGUUGACAUCUACGGCUGCACCCACACCAUGCGCUCCAACCGCAUGCUCAUGGUGCAGACAGAGGCCCAGUACGUGUUCGUCCACCAGUGUGUGAGCGACCUGCUCCCCGCCGCCCCUGGCGACGGCUUUGACCCCACGGCCGGCGUCUACGAGAACGUCCAUGCAGCAGGAGCAGCAGGAGCAGCAGGAGCAGGAGCAGCAGGAGCAGCCGCCGGGGGCGGCCGGAGCUGACGUCUCCAGCUCCUCGCUCUCCACCGCUGGAUACAAUCUUCGACGGCGUCACGAUGGGCUAGCGGAGGCUGUCGCCGUACCCGUCAACGCCUCAUCAGUGCCAUACCUUGUAACAACACCCCCUAUGUGUCCUGACUUGUGGGCCACCCCUGUAUGACGUCACCCCCUAUGUGUCCUGACU